AUGAAGAUGAGUUCCACUAUCAAAAACAAAUGGAGGUUCUGUACAUUUGCAAGUUUCAUAAGUUGCAUUAUUCUGUUAUCCGUUCUGAAUCAAGGACAUGACAGUGAAAAGCUAUCCCAUGUUCAAAACAUAACAUUAUCAACAACAUCAUCUAAUGACUCGGCUCACCAGCCAGCAGCAAGCGCGCAGAUUUUAAAACCAUCAAACAUUGGAGAACAUGAAAAAGAGACAAAUGAGAAAGAACAUAUCUGCAACAUCUUUGAUGGAAAGUGGACUUAUAAUCCGACAGCAAGUCCUUUGUAUAAUUGGUCACAGUGUCCAUUUCUUAGUGAUCAAGUCAGUUGCCAAAGGAAUGGAAGGGCAGAUUUUGAAUACGAAAGUUGGAGUUGGGAAGCUAAGGGAUGUGAGAUUCCUAGGUUUAAUGGUACAGACUUGUUAGAGAGACUUAGAGGGAAGAGAGUGAUAUUAGCUGGAGACUCACUCAACAGAAACCAGUGGGAAUCACUUGCUUGCCUUCUUUACUCUGCUAUUCCUAUUCCUUCUUCACAAGCCUAUAUUAAUGUGAAAAGUAAUGCCCACAAGGUUCUUAGAGCAAAGGACUAUAAUUGUUCUGUGGAGUUCUACUGGAGCCCCUUUCUAAAACAAGUGAAAGAAAAUCGUGGUAGUAAAAUUAUGAGGUUAGACCGACUUUCAGCCGCACAGAAUUGGCAUGGUGCUCAUAUUAUGGUAUUUAACACCGGUCACUGGUGGGAACACCCUUUGAAAAUCAAAGAGUUGGACUUCUUUCAGUAUAGAAAAAAGGUGGUGGAGGUGGAUAAAAUGGAGAUUGAAUUAGCAUUUGAGGUGGCCAUGAAGACUUGGGCUCGCUGGAUUGAUAAGAAUGUGGACAUGAAAAAUACCAAGGUCUUUUUUCGAAGCAUAUCACCAGAACACAAAGGGAAGCAGUGGUGUUACAAUGAAACCAAACCCAUCAUGGAUGAGUCCUAUGAAGUAAAAUUUCCAAAGUCAAUGGUAGAGAUUAUUGAGAGAACAAUUGGUAACAUGAGAAAACCAGUGAGGUACUUGAACAUCACAAAGCUAUCUCAGUAUCGUAGAGAUGCACAUCCAUCAGUUUACAAAUCAAAGAAAGGAACGCUAUUGACACCAGGACAACCUGGGUUUCAUGCCGAUUGUAGCCAUUGGUGUUUGCCUGGAUUGCCAGAUACAUGGAACAGGCUACUGUUUGCAUCUAUGGUCCUAGACAACUCCAAAGAAACUUCUAGUUCUUAA